AACUUAUCUGCCACUCCGCACAUAGUGCCCGGACAGUGCUUCGUAAACUUGCGUCAGCAACUAAGUCGUUCUCUCUCCACUUUCCCUUUAUCAAUCCUUUUCUAUUUAUUCCCGAUUUUCUUUGCAUUUCGAUUCAUUCAAUUACACGCGCUUAUUAUUCUCAUUCGUUAAACAGUGGAUGAUCCCGGAAUUUGCAAAAGUAUUCUAUAACGACUAAAAAACGAAUCUACAAUAGCAAAAAUAAUCAUAGCAAAGAUAUCAUAAAUACUUAGUAAUUACGAAUUGACGGAUUGUUGAAAUAAUAAGAAAAGAUUGAAAAACUCUUAGAAGAGAGCAAGAAAUCAGUAGUACAACUGCAUGUCACGAUCGUCGAGUUCGACAACGAGAAGAUUUCGGCUGUAUUGUUAAAUUCGUCGCACCGAUUUUUCUUUAACAUAGAUUUUCAAGUUUUGAGAUUGCAAGAUGUCGAGCAUCAUGGAGUGGUAUAGAGAUGUAGUAGACAACAAAUAUGAUCCGAGAACGAAUGGAUGGUUUCUGGUUUCUAGCCCUGUUCCAGCCCUAACGAUUGUAGGGACGUACUUAUACUUUUGCGUGUUCGCCGGACCGAAUUACAUGAAGAACAAGAAGCCAUAUGAUUUAAAGAAUACUAUGAUAAUUUACAAUUUUAUCCAGAUUUUAUUAAGCCUUUAUCUAUUUUAUGAGGGCUUGAUGGCCGGUUGGUUAUACGAAUACAAUUAUAUCUGUCAACCGGUCGAUUAUUUAUAUAAACCGAGCUCUAUAAGGAUGGCCCGUGCUGUUUAUGCGUAUUUCAUAUGUAAGCUGAUCGAGCUUCUCGACACUGUGUUCUUCGUGCUGCGCAAGAAGGAUCGUCAAAUCUCGUUUCUACACCUCUACCAUCACUCGAUGAUGCCGAUCGUUGCUUGGAUCGGUGUCAAAUUCUUCGCCGGCGGUCAUCCGACCCUCCUCGGUGUCAUCAACGCUUUCAUUCACAUUUUCAUGUACACGUACUAUAUGCUGGCAGCAUUUGGGCCGCAUAUGCAAAAGUACCUCUGGUGGAAAAAGUAUUUGACCACUAUGCAGAUCGUGCAGUUUAUCAUAAUAUUCUUCCACAAUUUGCAGAUGUUGUUUACCAAUUGUAACUUCCCGAAGCCGCUUUCGUUCCUACUCACAAUCAACGCCGGCUUAUUUAUUUACAUGUUCGGAUCGUUCUAUGUGAACAAUUAUAAAAAUCGAAAGUCGAAGAAUAAACGAUCAGAAACGACGAAAGACUAAUGAUAUUAUGCGUAUGACUAUGAACCGUUCUAUUUGCGUCAAUAGUAAUUCGAUUUUCGAUCUAGAUAAGUCUAAUUAAAAAACUCGCGGAGUUUUUCUGUUCGCAAGACUGUAACUACGCGAAUGAAAAAAUGAUUCCUCCAAAGAUGAUUUAUCAAGGAGAAUAUAUAUUAAAUUUUGUAACGUAGUUGUAAUAAACAUCGUACCUAAUGCACAAGAGAAAGAAAUCCGCCGAUAUUUCUACGCAAGUUACGAAAGUAGAUUAACGCAUGCGAAAAGGUGGAAAGAUUAAUUUAUUAACACACUUGCCUUGAAAACGAUCGGCUUAGCGAUCUUUGACCAGAUGAUCUUUGACCAGAUGACUUGAUCAUUAUUUCUGUAAAAGUAUAGAUGCGUUUCUUCGAUUGUACAAGAUUUUGAAGAGUUUGUGAAAUGAACUUUUGUUUGUAAUAUGCAAUUAGAUAUAUUUAAAUUAAAUUUGCAAUUAGGUAUUAUUUAAAUUAAAUUUAUCCAAUUUUGCUUCUGAAAAAAUAUUUUAAAGAAGAUUCUGUGUAUUUCACUCAUAAUACAUUCUUAUUAUGCAAAUUUAUUAUAUAUUAAAACAUUUUUAAUAAUAUCAAAAAUGAAAAAUAUGAACAGAAAUAUAAUCUUGUAUAAUAUAUAUAUAUAUAUUCUUUAUAAUAGAAAGUGAAAAUUAAAUAAUCUUGUUAGAAAGAAUUAUAAAGAUAGCAGAAUAUGAUUUUUUUAUAAUAUUUUAUGUUUCAUUGACUUCAUAUUUAACAUUUCAUUCAAUUUAAUUUUAAUUUAUGAACAUUUUUGUAAAAAGAUUUUUGCCGAAUAUCGAUGACAGAAUUAUUCAUCAAUAAAUGUCUUAUCAAUGAUUGCUCAUAAAAACCAAAUGAUUUCUCUACGAUGAGAAUCCAGCGCUGCUUCAAUAGAAAUAUUUUGUAUUGCAUUAUAACGUUUAUUAGUGUCUUAAAUAACUGUCCAACAAUUGUUUUCAAACAUAAAUUAAAAGGCAUGACAAUAUUUGGUUUAGAAAAGCUUGUUCGAAUAUCUUAACAAUAUCUAUAAAACUAUGACUAAUCCAACGCAUUUUUAGAGUAAAAAAAGUUAUUAAGUUAUUGGAAGGCUGAAUUUAUUAUUGAUAUAAUAAAAAUACAAUAUUCUGUCGCAAGACAUUUAAAAUUUUUUGAUUCACAACAGUUAAAGUGCCGAUUUAUUUAAAUAGAUAAUAAAAAAUUGCAUUAUAUAUUUUAUUCUGUAAUUUAGAAUGAUUUAAUGUUAAGAAUUUUUUUAUUAUUUGCUAGUACAUAAAAUACAAACAGAUGUAAAAUACAUUGCGCUAAAUAUUUCACCGUAACUUGAGAAUAAAUUGGAUGACAUUGAGAAUAUAUUGAAUAAAAGACGAGCGGCUUUUAAUAUACAUCCAUCCAAUUUAUAAUAUUAUUAAUCAAGGAAUAUUUACAAAAAUUGCAUGCAAAUUACAUAAAUUACAUAAUAUAGUUACAUAAGAAUAUAUAAGAUAGUAUACCAAGAUGUGUAUUUUAAUGAUUAGCAUAAUAAUCACAUAUUUUUUUCAGAUGCACAAGUAUACUUUUCUGAUUUGUAUAUCAUACUUUCAUUAAAAAUUUUUAAUAAAAAUUCGAAAAACAUUGCUUUUGCUUUAUGGAACAAAUAUGUUACAUUUGCUUAUUCUAUUCUCAUGAUGUGUAUGUGUGGAUAUGCCUUGAAAGAAAAAACUUGCAUUAAAUAUAUAUUAAUUAUUAAUUAAAAGAGCACAUAAUUACAAUAAACAAAAAUUAAAAAGUAAUUAAAAAAUAAUUAAUGUUACAUAUUUAUACAUACUCUAUCAAUUAUUAUACAUUAUAAUAUAUAUUUUUUUGACAAAACAAUUAUUCUUUCAAGAUUAUAGUGUCUUUAUUACAUACUAGGCGCAAUCUGAUGAUGCGCAUAAUUCAAAGCAAUGAUGUGCUGA